CUGUGUACCUGGUGUACAUGGCGUGACUUAUCACGUAAGGUACUUCAUUCCAGACGGACACACGAUGCCUUCAGUUUUUUGUCCUCAUUUGGAUCGCUUAUCCUCUCGGAUAGGGAAUAUACGUUCGUGAAGUUGUUGCAUGUUCGUUGUUCUGUCUAUGCGCACUCUUAAGAAUCCAUAGCCAUGACCUUCUAGGCCCAACAAACGAUCAUGAUUAUUCUGAUCGCUCUGUUUCUAGAGAGCACAGAGCCUUGAGUUGAGAGAAUUUCCCGGGCGCUCCAGAGAUCAUGUUUGCAGUAUGCGUACUUCAUUGUUGGUGACGCAGAGAGGCUUGCCAGGGCAUGAAGACUUGUUGUUGGUGCAGUGAGUCUCCAAGGGGUAGAGACUUAUUUCACAUCCUUGGAAAAGCAUCUAUCUUAUGCGCGUUGGUUGUGCUCUUAUAGGCCAAGUGGGCUGAGUUGAGCUCGUGAAUCCACCAUUGGCCGAAUCAUGCUACAACUGGGAUUCCUCAUCCCAGGACUGAGGAAUCUGGGUUAGGACAGUUGGGACAACUGGGUCUUGUUUGAGUUCUUCAUCGAGUCUGGUCUGCUCCCACCGCUUUGCACGUCUUCCUUCUCUCCCGACCUCCUUUCAUAGGGCGCUAUACCUCGGUUAGUCUUCUUACGCCCCUUUUAUGGUUAUUCAUAUCCUCUGUUAGUUCCUCUUCCUGUCUCAACAAACCUUUGACUAUGCUGGCAACCCUUAUAACACUUACAUUGGCAUUGGUAGCCACCAUUUCGGCCGAAGUAACCCCCAGAGAGGUCAAAUGGACGGACGAUACGUUUGGACCGGACGGUCCUUGGCGUGCAGUCAGUAUUUGGAUGGGGAAUGAAGAAUCGUCAAUAGGUCUAUAUCCUGGCAGCGCUUGGGAGUCGUGGUUGAUCCAAGAUCGAUAUUGCAGAAAGGGCACAUGCUUCGCGUCUAAAGCUGGUACCUACGACAACUCUUCCGGUUCGCAAGGAGGUAUUCAGAUGCCUGCAGAUCUCAGCGGCUUUAUGCUUGGUUUGGACUUGAAAGGCAAUCCAGCAACUCGACAUUUGGACCGUAUGUGGUUGAACGGGGCUAUAGUGGAAAACGUGAGUCUUGCUCUUUUGGAGUCUCAGAAGAUCAAAUAUCCUGGCGGCCAGACAUCGCCGUUCUUCGCUGGCUGUUUAAGUCUAGGUGGAAGGCGGGCUAUAAACCAGAGCUUCUCCCAAGACGAUGGUCCAGCCAUCAACGCAAGUCUCGUGCCAGGCUGGAUGUGGGAACACGAAUGGACAAGAUCGAGCUCUUUCGGCAUGCAUAUCGGAUCGGUACAACCUGACAUAUCCGGGUCCUUAUGGUUUGGAGGCUACGAUCAGAACCGUGUUAUCGGAGAAGUCCUCAAUAUGAACGGAGGUCCGAGAGACGGGAUCACACUUCGAGAUAUCGGUAUCGACGUUAUAGGAACCAAGUCUCCUUUCGAGUUCAAUUCGAAAGAUGGCCUACUUGCCAACGGAAACUCUUCUAUUGGAGGUAGCCUCAAAGUCUUGGUUGAUGGCUGCUCGCCUUACUUUACGCUGCCCAGGUCGACCUGCGAUAGCAUCGCCGCCCAUCUCCCUGUCAAAUUCAACAAAGAUCUUGGCCUAUACAUAUGGGAUACGAAGUCAGACAGAUAUAAGGAAAUCAUCAACUCUGCCUCGGCCCUAAGCUUUUCAUUCAUCUCCAACUCAAACACUGAUCCAAUAAAGAUUCGUGUCCCUUUUCUGCACCUCAAUCUAACCCUCUCGGCACCUCUAUCUGAUAAACCAACGCCUUAUUUCCCUUGCCACUCGAAUGGAAAAGACCAGUAUGUUUUAGGCCGUGCAUUUCUUCAAGACGCCUUUGUUGGGGCCAACUGGCACCCGGAUAUCGAUACCUGGUGGUUAGCCCAAGCCCCAGGCCCCAAUAUCCAGGCUACACCCAAUGUUGUAUCGAUCGGAGAGAGAGACAAGUCUGUGAGCAAGGGCGGGAAUGAUUGGAAGGUAUCCUGGAGUGGAGUUUGGGAUGACCAAGAAGCACCCUCCAGUACCCCUACAGCGGAUAGCACCGACAAAAAGGGAGACACAAAGGGGAACGAAGAGGGCAGCAAAGAGGACGACCAAGAGGAUGACAAGGUUGGAAUGUCGGUUGGAGCCAAAGCUGGCAUCGGUGCUGGUAUUGCUGCCGCUGUCAUAGCGGCCGGAGUGGGCGUCUUCUUGUGCUGGCGUCGACGUCGGAAUCAGCCCCAAGAGGAGUCGACUACAGAACCCGUGGCAACAGUUGAUGAGUCAAAGUUACCAUCGGUAGUUUUGUACCCUCAAGAGUUGCCUAGCCAGGAAGUGCAGCCACCUUAUUAUCAAAGGUUUGAAUUACCUUCCUGAAUCUGGGGCGAGUUCAAUGGGCGUCUUGACUUUCUUGUUUGCUUGCUUGUUUAUAUGUUUUGCACAAUAUCUUAGCCAUUAUUCCCAUAUUAGAUUUUGAUCUUUGUCUCUUUGUCCUUCGGAUAUAGUAUCAGGUCUUGUAAUACUCAGAAGCGCUCACAUUAUGAUACCUCAUUAUUCCCUCUCAUGAUGUUACACGGUUUGCUCAGGUGAUCAUUGUCCCAUCACAUUUCCAAGGCCAACGGAA